CGGGGGCGGGGCCGCAGCGGCGGCUGGGAGGCAUGGCCUUCGAUGAUUGGCGGAGAGCAGUGGCUUUGCGGCCAGGGCUUGUUUGCAGAACUAGGAGGAAGUAGAAGUGCUGAGUAAGGCGAGACUAAGGCUGCAGGCAGUGGGCCCCCCACCGGUCCCGUGGAAGAUGCAGUUCUUCGGCCGCCUCGUCAGUACCCUCAGUAGCGUCACCAACUUGUUCACUAAUCCGUUCCGGGUGAAGGAGGUGGCGGUGGCCGACUACGCCUCGAGUGGCCGGGUUCGGGAGGAAGGGCAGCUGAUUCUGUUCCAGAACGCUUCCAGUCGCACCUGGGACUGCAUCCUGGUCGACCCUAGGGACUCGCAGAGUGGAUUCCGGCUCUUCCAGCUGGAGACGGAGGCCGACGCCCUCAUGAACUUCCAGCAGUUUUCGUCCCAGCUGCCGCCCUUUUACGAGAGCACCGUGCAUGUCCUGCAGGUCGAGGUCCUGCAGCAGCUGACCGACCUCAUCCGCAGCCACCCCAGCUGGUCGGUGGCCCACUUGGCGGUGGAGUUGGGCAUCCGAGAGUGCUUCCGCCACAGCCGCAUCAUCAGUUGCGCCAACAGCAGAGAGGAUGAGCUGGGCUGCACGCCCCUGCACCUGGCCUGCCGCAGGGGCGACGUGGAGGUCCUGGUGGAGCUGGUGCAGUACUGCCGGGCCCAGGUGGACGUCACCGACAACAACGGAGAGACCGCCUUCCAUUACGCUGUCCAGGGUGACAGUUCCCAGGUGCUGCAGCUCCUAGGGAAGAAUGCAUCGGCCGGCCUGAACCAGGCGAAUAACCAAGGGCUGACCCCGCUGCACCUGGCCUGCCAGAUGGGGAAGCAGGAGAUGGUGCACGUGCUGCUGCUGUACAAUGCGCGCUGUAACAUCAUGGGGCCCCGUGGCUGCCCCAUCCACACGGCCAUGAAGUUCUCCCAGAAGGGGUGUGCUGAAAUGAUCAUCAACAUGGACAGCAGUCAGGUCCACAGCAAAGACCCACGCUAUGGAGCCAGCCCCCUCCACUGGGCCAAGAACGCAGAGAUGGCCCGCCUGCUGUUGAAACGAGGCUGCGACGUGAACAGCACCAGCUCUGCGGGCAACACUGCUCUGCACGUGGCGGUGAUGCGCAACCGCUUCGACUGCGUCAUGGUGCUGCUGACCCACGGGGCUAACGCCAAUGCCCGCGGAGAGCAUGGCAACACGCCGCUGCACCUGGCCAUGUCGAAAGACAACGUGGAGAUGGUCAAGGCCCUCAUUGUGUUUGGGGCAGAGGUGGACACCCCAAACGACGCUGGGGAGACUCCUGCGUUCAUAGCCUCCAAGACCAGCAAACUUGUCACCAGGAAGGCACUCUUAACUCUGCUGAGAACCAUAGGGGCCGACCACCACUCCCCACCCCUCCCAGGGGCCCCCGCGGAGCCGGGCUCCCCAGCAGCACGCCACUCCUUCUGCUCCCUGGAAAGACCUCAGCCCCCGCCGAUCAGCUAUAACAACCUAGAGCUGCAGGACCUUGUGCACAUCUCCCGGGCCCGGAAGCCGACCUUCAUCCUGAGCUCCAAGCGGGACGAGAAGCGGAUCCACGACCACCUGCUUUGCCUAGACGGAGGGGGCGUGAAAGGCCUGGUCAUCAUCCAGCUCCUCAUCGCCAUUGAGAAGGCCUCGGGCAUUGCCACCAAGGACCUCUUCGACUGGGUGGCCGGGACCAGCACGGGAGGCAUCCUGGCCCUGGCCAUUCUGCAUGGCAAGUCCAUGACCUACAUGCGUGGCGUGUACUUCCGCAUGAAGGACGAGGUGUUCCGGGGCUCGCGGCCCUACGAGUCGGGGCCCCUGGAGGAGUUCCUGAAGCGGGAGUUUGGCGAGCACACCAAGAUGACGGACGUCAGGAAGCCAAAGGUGAUGCUCACAGGGACGCUGUCUGACCGGCAGCCAGCUGAACUGCACCUCUUCCGGAAUUAUGAGGCUCCAGAGUCUGUACGGGAGCCUCGUUUCAGCCAGAACAUUAACCUCAAGCCUCCAACUCACCCCUCAGAGCAGCUGGUGUGGCAGGCAGCCCGGAGCAGUGGGGCAGCCCCCACCUACUUCCGGCCUAAUGGGCGCUUCCUGGAUGGCGGGCUGCUGGCCAACAACCCCACGCUGGACGCUAUGACCGAGAUCCAUGAGUACAACCAGGACCUGAUCCGCAAGGGUCAGGGCGAUAAGGUGAAGAAACUCUCCCUGGUCGUCUCUCUGGGAACAGGGAGGGCCCCACAGGUACCCGUGGCCUGUGUAGACGUCUUCCGUCCCAGCAACCCCUGGGAACUGGCUAAGACUGUUUUUGGGGCCAAGGAACUGGGGAGAAUGGUCGUGGACUGUUGCACAGACCCGGACGGGCGGGCCGUGGACCGGGCCCGGGCCUGGUGUGAGAUGGUCGGCAUCCAGUACUUCAGAUUGAACCCCCAGCUGGGGUCGGACAUCAUGCUGGACGAGGUCAACGACUCGGUGCUAGUCAGUGCCCUCUGGGAGACCGAGGUCUACAUCUACGAGCACCGAGAGCAGUUCCAGAAGCUCAUCCAGCUGCUGCUGUCUCCGUAGGGCUGCCAGGUCCCAGCUGCCUCCACCCCACCCGACUAUCCACCCCCGCUAGGGAGGGGUCUGAGGCCCAAGCGCCACACUGUGGGGCAGAGCCCAUCCAAGGCUGCUCUGCCCAUGGGCGGGGCCUCGGAAGGUGCGGGGCCUCCUGCCUGAGGCCGGUGCUGAGGGCUGCCCCCGCUCUGUCCCUGCCUCUGGCGCUCUCCAUGGCUCCAGCUUAGAGGCCUAGCGCCUCACUGGGACCAUCAGCCAUGAAGGACAACAGACUCUCAGGCCCUCAACCUCUAUGUCAAACACGAAGGGCGCCCAGGUGCGCCCUCAGCUCUCCCAGGUCCUCUGGGGGUACAGCCGCCCCGUCCGCCCUCUGCUCUUUUCCCUGGGGGUGGGGUUGGAGAAGCUCCAGGAACUGGCCGUCACCCACGCCAGCAGCAGAGGCAGCCCAUGCUCCAGGAGUGGGUGCCCCGUUCAACUUUGCCCCUCAGCACAUGCCCAGCCACCUGCGCCCUCAGAGCUGCCCUGCACUGUGAGCUUGCUGCAGCUCCAGACGGUUGCUCCUGAGACUUGUUAUUCUUCCCAACAGGCAAUGGUUUAUCAGUGGGGCAGGGCUCCCCCAAACUGUGAAAUAAAUGGUUUGA